AUGUGUGUGUGUUGGUGUGUUGUGGCAGGGGGCGGGGGUGCGGUGGUGGUCCAGGGGGCCGGACGCAGGAGUUCCGAAGCCGGGGGCCCGGCCACCAGCGCCCGGGGAGGCGGCCGCGCAGUUCGGCGGCUUUGUGGCGCGCGCGGGUUCCACCGCGGGCGGCGCGGAGGCGGGGUCCGGCAGAGGCGUCCGCCGACCCCGGCAGUCGGCUGGGCCGCGGGCGCCCCGCAUGGCCUGCCCCGCGCGCUGCGGCUUCCCAGCGCGCAAGAAUAGCCGCUUGGACGCCUUCCUGCGGAGGCAUCUGCAGCCCGAGGUCUACGACGCCGUCCGCGCCUAUGAGCUGUGCAUCGUGGUAUCUGACUCGGAGAAACACACCGUAAAGUACGUGGUGCUCACCGACCGGCUCAUCUACCUGACCGAGAACCCGCCCAAGUCCAUCCGACGAGUCGUGGCGCUGCGGGACAUCGUAGCCAUUGACCUGAUUGAUGAUUACCCAGAAUUUCUAAGUCCACCAGAUAGAGAAACCAACCAACACAUUCGUAUCAUCUAUUAUUCAACUGUUUUUAAAAAAGAGUGUGAAAAAUCAAAAGGUGUCAGGAAAUUCUUAUUUCCAUUUCAUCAUGCCAAUGCUAACAACAAAAAAGUCAAAGAAGAGAAUAAUGGGCCUGUGUUUUGGAGAGGCAAAAAGUCUAAAAGUCUGAAUGAAUCCUUUUUCAGGUACCACCGGGAGAGCAGCACAGCAUCCAAGGACUCAACUCUCGGCCCUCCUUCAGACCUGAAGAAGCUGCCCCUCCACAGCCAGAGAGCCUGUGGACCCUUACCUACCCCCUCCAGGAGAAGCUGUCAGCUCACAUCACCCACUAGCAAGGCUAGUGGGCCAUUCUGUAUAACAGACACAAAAGAACCCCGGGGGCUUUCAGAUCACAAAGACUCUCUAAGUGAAAUCCCUUUCAAGUGCAAUGGGAACGGAAAUGAGUUUUACUUAGGAAAUUCCACUCUGGCUUCCCCUUUACAGAGCAACCCAAACCUAGAGAAAAAGGAAUCAGAACUUCAUUUGUAUGUUAUUUCCACAACGUCAUCAAUAUUUCUGCACUUAAAAAGUUCAUGGAACAAUUAUAUUAUAAAAGCUACUCUUUUACAGGAUCCCCUAUAUGUUAGCGAGCUCAGCCCUGCUACUGGAAAUCCAAAGCCAUACAGAUCUGAGGAGAAAAUUAAGCACUUUGGUCAGCUUAAAUCUGAACUUUUUCUUAAAGACAACACAUUGAGGAGGAUACUUUGUCUAAUCACGGAACUUAAAGUAGCAGCCCAGAAAAACUUCAUUCUGAAAAGACUUUUCUGGAAAACCAGUGACCUUUUCUAUUUCCUAGUGAACAAACUUCAUGAAUACUUGCCAGAGUCUAGGGAUAAGAAUGCACUUCACAAUAGAAGCCAAAGGGCUGAUGAGCUGGUGGUGUGCAUUGAAAUUAUACAGACUCUGGGACGGAUGUUCAGAGAAACGGAAACUGAGUCAUUGCGCCUGAACAUAUUAGCAGCUAAGAAGGGAACACUAUUUAACCUUUUGGUAAUCUUAAUUAGCGAGCCUCAGAUUCCAAAAUCAUGUCCUGUGUUUGACAUCCAGUUGGUGGCUGACUCAACUUUAGUUGAGAUGUCUUUUGAUGCUGAGUUACAGAAGCUUAUCCUGGAAUAUACAGACACAGCUACAGCACUUUUGUAUGAGAUACUUCUUGUCUUUCAGCAGGGAAAUCUUGGAUUGGAGUCAGCACAGUUUGCUAUUAGCUGGAUAAUAUCCUUUCUACAAAGUUGUCCUCCCAUAAUUACUUUUGUGGCCAGUAUUGUGAAACAAGUGGUGAAGGGCCUUUCAGCUUCAUUUCAGCUGCUAAGUCCCGGCAGAGCGGUCUUGUUGUACCAGCAGUUUUACAUCCUCAAGAGCUGCCUGCAAUACAGCAAGACUUUAGCUGAGUAUAUUAGGAACAACUACAGAGAAGAAUUCAGGUACUUUAUUCACAUGCCAGCAUUGGAAAAAAGGCUCCCAUUAUGUUACCCUAUUACCCAACCUAUCACUCAACUUUUUCAUGAAGUUCUGAAAUUGGUUGAACAGAAACAAUCUGUGAAAUGUUAAUAAGCGUAUAAAAUGUUAAUUGGAAGUCAACUUAAUAUUUAUUAGAAAUACAGCUAUUCCUGUAUUCUACAAAAAAGAUCUUAUUUGAAGGUUCCAUCAAUACCUAAGAGAAAUCUUUAAAGUUUUUAAUCUGCUACAAAAAAGAAACUGUUCAAUACAAUGACAUAAAGUGUUGCUGAAGACUAACAUUUUUCUAAAAGAAAAAGUUCCUAAAGACAUAAAAGAAACAGAAACCUAUGAAGAGCAAAUGUAGAAAGUGCACCCUGAUGAGUUUUGGUGUAAUAAUGGUGACUGGCAUGAAGCCACUGACAUAUCCAAAAAUAAAUUGUGGGGCAUAUAAAUACUGGGCAAAAGGAUGACACCACCUGUAAAAAUUCUAGCAAUAUAAGUAUUCAUGGAAGAAGGAGCAGAAGAACAUAGGCAUAGCUGUAAGAAAGGUCAGUUCCUCAUUUAUCAUGGGGAAAGAAGCUUGGACUUGCUUCAACAAAGCUAAAUGCAUUCUGCCACUCCUAAACGAACCCGGGGCUACUGAGAGCAGUCUUGUAGAAUUUCUAUGAAAGAGAAACUGUCUAUAAGCAGUUAUGGCUCUUCCAAUUAUUUUUAAAAUGUCUUACUAUAUAUCUUACAGCAGUAAACUAAAACCUUCACUUUGGCAUCCCUGCUGAGCUAUUGGAUUUGGGCUUCUUAAGAACUCAGGAACUGGGUCCUUCCUUCAACUGACAUAAGGGAGAAUCAGAGAAGAAUCCAGCACCAAAGAAAGAGCCCCCAAGCCAGACUUGCCUGUGCUGCGCAGUGGAGAGAGAAUUAAACUCGGGACAUCUGAUUUCUGGUUCUGGCUAAGCCACUAACCGGCUCUUUGACCUGGAGAAAGCCAGAUCUCCUUUCAGGGCCUCCUCUGCUAUGUGGAAGGCUAGGUUAGAACUUGUUCUCCAAGUUCUCUUCCAGCUCUGACAUUCUCUGCUGGUGAUGAGACACUUCUUAGCAUUCUGUCAUAGGCAGUGCAUUCCUCUGCUACCCUGGCUCAGUGCCUGGUUGUACAUUGAUUUCAACCAUACUGUUUUCUUUGGACUAAGCAUUUUCCUCCUGGCUGUCAUCAGCAUCGCCCCAGAAAGUGUCUGAGCCUUCUGCACUGUCAUGCACCCAAGAUUACAAGUCUUCUGCUUUCUAAUCUAGCAAGCAAAAUGGUGUUUAUGAGUGUCCCGGGCUGUCAGAUGAGGGGUUAUUCCCAAGAGAUGGUUAAACAGGAGAAUUUGAAAAGAUUCUUAAGAUAAAGGCAAGCAACACUUGAAACUGGAAAAA